AGGGAAGGAGUUGAGGUUCCUCGGGGUUCCCGGGAGGGAUAAAAGGGGCGGCGGUGGUGGCGGUGGGGCCGAGGAUGGGGGGCUCCUGGGUGCUGGUGCUGCUGGGGCUGGGGGGCGCCUGGGCCCUCCCGGCGCCCCUCUCCUACCCGCAGGCGCUGGCUCUGGCCGUCGACUCCUACAACCAGCGCCCCGACGCCCAGAAGGUCUUCCGCCUGCUCAGCUCCGACCCCGAACCCACCCCGGAUGUGGAGUUGACCAAGUUGAAGACCCUCAACUUCAGCCUCAUGGAGACCGAGUGUGGCCCCAUCGCCCGCGCCAACCCCGACGACUGCGACUUCAAGGAGAACGGGGUCAUCAAGGAGUGCUCGGGGCCCGUGAAGUUCUUCCAGAGCUCCUCCGAGAUCGACCUGCGCUGCGUGGAUGUCUCCUCAGAUCCGGUUCUCGUCCAGAGGGGUCGAUUCGGACGCUUCCUGAGCAGAGUCCGACGUUUUCGGCCCAGGAUCAGCUUCAACCUCGGCGCCCACGGCUCCAUCGGCCUCGGCUGAGCCAAUAAAGAGGCCACCGGUGGCCAAAGUGUGUGAUCUGACCUCCUC